AGAAGUAAACAAAAUUAACUAAAACUAUAAAUCAGUGAAAAUUUGCUCAUCUAUUCUAUUAAUAUAACCGUACAGAAACAAGCAAAGACUUGGAUAUAUGGAAUUAUCGACUUACAAACUUUACAAAGAUGGACUUGUAGAAUUAUUUUCACAUGCGUCAAACUUUGAACAGUAAACUCUGCAAAAUACUUUAAACAUGGAGUUAUGUGAACAGCUUUACAAAUAAAUAUUUCAUUUCAAAUUCUGAUCCAUUAUCCAAUUUAUACAGAUGAUAUAUCAAAAAUUACUUUGCUUAUGGAUUUUUUUCCUGUUUAUUUCUCUAUUUUCAGGCCAUAGAAUUUUUCAAAGACGUUAUGUGGUCACAUUGCUAGCUUUUUUGUGUGGUAUGGUGGCGCAGUCCCAUCGCAUAAAUAUCAGCUUCGCUAUAGUAGCAAUGGUUAACACCAGCAUUACUCUGCCGAAUUCGAAAAAUAAGACAGUAACAGAUUGCGAAACUUCAUAUUUAGAAAGUGAAUCUACAAAUUUAUUGAAGAAAGUUCCAGAAUUCAAUUGGAAUCCUGAAAUCCAAGGAUAUAUACUGAGUGCUGGAUAUAUAGGAUAUCUUAUUACAAUAAUACCUGGGGGCUUUCUUUCCAGGCGGUAUGGAGUAAAACGAAUAUUAUUUACAAGUAUUUUAGGCACUUCUCUGUGCAAUUUAGUAUCCCCUGCAGCUGCCAGGAUACAUCCAUAUUUGCUUGCAGUUGUACAUUUUAUCAGAGGAGUGUUCCAGGGUCCACCAGCUGCCGCAUUUGCUCUCUUAACGGCACGUUGGUUUCCUAUACAAGAAAGAGGUUAUCUUGCAACGUUUUUAUAUCUUGGCUUCCCAACGGGUGCCUCUGUCGGAAGUUUAAUAUCUGGACCUAUUAGUGAAAUCAACUUAGAUGGUGGAUGGCCAUUAAUAUUUUACUUUUUUGGAUUAUUCGGAUUACUAGUCAGCGUGCUUCUGUUAACCUUGUAUGCAGAAAAUCCAACAGAUGAUACGAGAAUUUCAGAACGAGAGUUACAAUAUAUUCUGGAACAUACAAACGGAAACACAGCUCAACAGAAUCCUCCUAUCCCAUGGAAAAGAAUUCUAACUUCCUUACCCACCUAUGCUUUCUUUAUAUCAUUGUUUGGACAAUUCUGGAUGGUAUUUUACCUUCUAACAAUUCAUCCUAUCUAUUUGGAUUCGAUUCUUCAUCUACCUGUAAAAGAGAAUGGUCUUCUAACUUCAGCACCUCAAUUAGCGCAAGUAUUAACAGGUUUCAUUGCCUGCUGGUUGUCUAUGCGGCUAAAACACAUGAAUAUUAAAAGCAUUAGCUUCAUCAGAAAAGGAUAUAAUUCUCUAGGUGAGGAUAAAAAUACGUAUUGA